CUGGACCCCUUUCCGCCCGGUGAAUGCACCACCGCCGCCGCCGCCAGCAUGACGGGCAUCGCCGCUGCUUCUUUUUUCUCGAACUCCUGCAGGUUCGGAGGCUGCGGGCUCCAGUUCGAGUCUCUGGCCGAGCUCAUCGUCCACAUCGAGGACAAUCACAUCGACACAGAUCCGCGGGUUCUGGAGAAGCAGGAGCAGCAGCAGCCCACUUACCUGGCCCUCAGCUACAUCAACAGAGAGACCUACUGCAGCCAGCCCACCAUGUACACUCUUCCUCUCUGUGAGCGCUGGCUAACCACAACAAAGCUUGUGGUGCAGUUUCUGGCAUGUUGUGAAGAGCUGGGCCAUUAG